CUUUGGCGGACGUGGUGACCCGCUGCACCUCCAGGAGCACGACGCCGCGGCGGGUCGGCGACAGAGAUGCAGCUGAACCACGACAAGCUGGCCAAGCACCCCUGCACGCUGCGGCGUCGCUGGGGGGCCAUGCUGGGCCGCCUCAGCAAGACCACGCACUUCAACAUGGAGGAGCUCGAGUCCCUGUGCUUCGUGUUCCACAAACUCACGCGGGGCAGUAGAGGGCGGAUGUCCCGAAAGGACUUCAUCGAAAUCAUGCACAGUGCCCUGGACAUGACCAACACCGGCAACGCCGACUACUCGUACAAGAACUUCGACCCCAACAACAACAGCUUCAUCGGCAUGGAGGACUGGGUGCGGGGCAUGUCCGUCGUGCUGAGGGGCACCCUGGAGGAGAAGGUCACGCACUGCUUCGAGACGUACGACCGAUAUGCCGAGAAGUGCCUGAAGCGCAAGAACCUCAUCUGGAUGGUGACGGAGAACUGGAAGGCCACCCCGGACGCGGACUCGCAGGGGCUGGUGGAGGAGCUGCUGGAGACCAUCGUGUCCAGCAUCGCCUCCGACACGGAGAAGGGCAUCACGCUGGAGGACUACGAGAAGGCCGUCAAGAAGUACCCGAUGCUGCUGCAGUUCCUGGGGGAGGUGCUGCCGUCCCGGCCGGCCAACACCACGUUCCUGGCCACCAUGAUGCCCGACGCCAAGGCCUACGCCUACUGCCCGGAGUACCGCACCGAGCGCCCCAAGGAGCCCAAGCCCUUCCUGGCCCACGGCGAGUCGGCCUCCCAGGUCGUCGUCGAGCGGCUCGGCGGGGUGCACAACAAGGGCCCCAGGGCGGCCAACGACUAGUGCCCUCGUCCCAGAGUCCCAGCGGCACCGCGUGCGCACGGCGCCAGUUUCCUCUUUGUCUUCGUCCGUUUUAUGUUGUGUAUUUCUGCGUGUUUUAUUUUGUUCCACCAAACUCGAGAGAGACAGGGCUCAUGAAUAAACAGCAUGUGUUGAGCGUCGCGUUUAUGAUAAUAAAUGAAAAGUCGUUACAAUA